CACAACUUGGCAAGCGAUGGAAGCAACAACUGGAGGCGGACAGAUACAUCUUAAAAACCGUACAGAAUUUCAGGAUGACUGACACUUCUAAAGCUGUUCCAAAUUUCGAAGAGAUGUUUGCAAGUAGAUUCACAAAGGACGACAAAGAGUACCAGGAGUACUUGAGACACCCUCCUGAAUCUCCCCCAAUUAUUGAGGAAUGGAAUAGCAGAGCCGGUGGGAACCACAGAAACAGAGGCAAUCGGUUGCAGGAUAACAGACAGUUUAGAGGUAGGGACAGCAGACGGGGAUGGCCAAGCGACAGUCGAGCUAAUCAGUGGCACGGGCGAUCCUGGGGCAGCAAUUACCCUCGGCACGGACAGGAGCCGUACUACCCCCAGCAGCCUCCCUAUGGCUACUACUGA